CAUCGACAACUUACUCUCAACCAGCCCUCAUCCUUCACGUCAAACGGGAAGAAACCAGCUGCCUGUUGACGACUGUCUAGACGCGUGGGCGUUGGGUGAUAUAAAAGCUGCGAGAAGAGCAGUCUGCGCCUAAUCACCAAUCACUCAACCCGAAACCGUCACGACCAACAGACCGAGGUUUUGCGCAUUCCUCCCUUCUUCAUUCACCAAUAUGCCUACUCCCGAGUCCGAAGCCUUUCUUGCGAAGAAGCCCAAGGUUCCACCUACAUUCCAAGGUGUUGACUUUGCCGACCACCAGGCCGUGGUCGAUGCCAGAGAUGCCAUCAUCAGAGAACAAUGGGUCACGGUGAUGAUGAGGAGAUUAGUGGGAGAAGAAAUGGGUAAAUGCUACGCCCGCGAAGGAGUCAAUCACUUGGAAAAGUGCGGAAAAUACAGAGAACGAUACCUUCAAUUAUUAAAAGAAAACCGAGAAAAGGGAUACCGAGGCCAACAGCAAAACUACAUGCCAGGCGUCGACGGUCCAGCCGGUGGCCCUGAGAUUUACACCAACUAUCCUACUGCUCAACAGGCCAAGGGCACAGCAGGCUCCGACAGCCGACCUGGAAACACCACUGGAAAGGGCGGCGAUGUUUUGUACUAGACAGAUUGCGGGGAGCAAUCCAACAAGAUGCAGCUCAAACACCCAGAUCAAGCAUCCAAUUGCACUCACUGUACAUACCUUUGUAGUAGGGAUCCGGCCUGAAUGGAGUGUGGGGAAUUCAUACAAAAAGACAUGAUUGACCAGAUAUUAUUCCCGACUUUACCGCGAGAUCUUCUGGCCUCUGGUUUCAACGAUAGGCACUGAGUAGCCAGUAGCAAUGCACGGCCGAAGAUGACAUUGUCUGCCAUGGCUCUUGUCGAGGAGAAGCCCAGCAACCCCUCAUUAUGUCGUUGUUCGAACAGGGAUUAUGAAUGGCUGGGCAGAACUUCUCCCUUAGUGUCAGGGUCAGACGUUGGCCUCGCUGGUGUUGUCCGUGGCUGGCAAUUGAUCGCGAGGUUUUUGGAAGUCUAUCAUGUCACAUCCUCAUCACCAUCAACAUGUGGAUUGCUUCGGAUAAACACGGUCUCUCUAAUAAUAAUUCAGAAGGAGAACUUUGGUGGGGC